UCGUACGAUUACCGCGUGCCAUCGCGAGCGUUAGGCUCCCCCCACCCAUACACGGGUGACGUACCCAUCAUUAGAUUACUGCACACUUCGCUCUUAGAUUCAACUCGAUCUGCCAGACUGCCACUUCCUUCUCUUAUUCUCUCUCUGCACUCUGCAUUGCAAGCUAAAAAGGCAAGAGCGCACACACACAACAACAGAUCUAAGAUCCAAAUCCUCAAUGUGGUGAGCUCGUUUCAUCGUCUGAGGGUACAGUUUUGUGGACUCAUUGCUUUAUAUAAAAGUAGUCAUGUCAAGGAGGCAAGCAAGCUCCACACGACGCGGUGGAAGCUUUCCGUUUGUUGGAGCCUUAAAUUCAAAAUCAAAAUCUUCUCCAUUAUUAUCCACAUGCCUUUUCCUUCUGGGAGCGUUCCUUCUUAUCGGCUAUGCUUUUCGUGGCUCAGGUGCAUUUGGACGAGGUAGAGAAGCGAUUAGUCAUAUUGAAGGUGACUUUUCAUGCACAUUAGAAGUUCAGAGAGCAAUACCUAUUCUAAAGAAAGCAUAUGGGGACAGCAUGCGUAAAGUUUUGCAUGUGGGCCCUGAUACUUGUUCUAUGGUCUCCAAAUUGUUAAAAGAAGAGGAAACUGAAGCGUGGGGUGUGGAGCCAUAUGACAUAGAGGACGCUGAUGGAAACUGCAAGAAUCUGGUGCGCAAAGGCAUUGUACGCGUGGCUGAUAUCAAGUUUCCUCUGCCAUAUAGAGCAAAAUCUUUUUCUCUAAUUAUUGUGUCAGAUGCUUUGGAUUAUCUGUCUCCAAAAUACCUAAACAAGACUCUUCCAGAAUUUGCAAGGGUGUCUGCUGAUGGUCUUGUUAUUUUUACAGGUCACCCUGGUCAACAGAGAGCUAAAGUUGCUGAGUUAUCCAAAUUUGGACGGCCGGCGAAAAUGCGAAGCUCGUCUUGGUGGGCACGCUUUUUUGUCCAAACCAGCUUAGAAGAAAAUGAAGCUGCCAUUAAGAAGUUUGAGCAGGCUGCACUCAAGAAUUCAUACAAGCCAAACUGCCAAGUGUUCCAUCUCAACUCAUACCAUUGAUAUUUUAAGAUUAUAAUGACAUCUUAUUCAUUGUUUUUGGGAUUCAAUCCUGCCACAAAAGGCACAAAAGGAAGAAAGUGAAA